GGUGGCAGCAGAAAAGUCGAUCAGCUGUUUUUCGAAAAUUUUUUUUUCCAAAUUCAUUUGAAUUGUCCACUUGUUUCACUUGUUUCUUUUUCUCAAUUUUUAAUUGUUCUCUCACUUUCUACUUGUGCCAAUAAUUUUUAUUCUCUAUUGCCAUGGAUCCUUUGAGCUUUAACAACAGUGGCAACAGUAACUUACAGAGUAAUUUUAUUCCAAACGAGAUGAACCUUUCCCUUGGUGGUAAUCAACAAUUUCAGCAAAAUUUUCUGACCGGUGGUCCACCGACCCUUGUUGUUAUCCCAAGUAAUAUCCCUUUGUAUCCUGGUUAUCAAACUAUGGGUGGAAAUAGUUCAACAACCAAUGGUGGCAAUGGUAAUGGAGGUAAUGGUGGACAAUCAACAUCUAAAUAUAACCAAUUGUUAACGGUGAUUGAUGAAAUGUCGAAAGAUGUUAGGCCAAUUUACUCUGGAUCAAAAACAUCCACUGAUCGAUUUAAACGAGGUCUAAUUCAUGCAAGAGUUUUAAUUAGAGAAUGUAUUCUUGAAAUGGAAAGAGGAGGAGGAGGAGAGAGAAGUGGAGGAUCUCACUAAUUAAUUAUUUCGCCAACUAAAUUGACCUGCUUUUAUUUGGUUUAUUUAUUCCUAACCUGUUACCUUUGGUGACCAAUACCUGAUGAUCGUAAUCAAUUUUUUUCCACCAAAAAUAAGCAAACAAACUUAACUGAUUAAGUUGAAAUUGUUUAUCCUUCUUCAACUAAUAAACGAAGAAACUUUUCUUUACUUAUAUAAUUACA